AUGAAUGUUCUGUUAGUUUACCUUACCAAUAUCAUCAUCACUCCCCCUCUUCCCUCUUUCCCCCCUCUCUCUUUUCUUCUCCGUUGUCAUGGUUUCGGUUUCUCCUUGUCGGUGUACCAAUCACUAAACCCUAAUUGUCCGUUUAUCUUUCUAUCUCUGUUACUUCUGGGAAAGAAAAAGAUUGUGUCUUUCGUGAGGAAUUGGAUAUAUGUCCGUCAAUCAAUCAAAGGGAACUUUUCAGGUGGUGGUGGUGCCGGGAAGGGCGGCGGCGGCAGUACCACCGCCCCUCCUUCCUCUUCGUUAAAUUCCGGUAAAAGCUUUAAGAAGGUGGUUAGUAAUGCACAAGGAGCACAGAAUAGGGUACCCGUUCAGAAUCCGAAUGUGAAUUUGAGUACUUCAAAUUCUCCCGCUUUUGGCAGAGCUGUGCAGAAUGGCGCUCAUAUUCAACCUCCAUUAAGUGGAACGCCUGAUGCUUCAUCAACAGGUCCUACUGUAAAGCCAACUGAUGCAUCAGUUCAUAAAAGCACCCCAGGUCUGCCAAAGGCCCCACAAAGUAAUGCUGUUCCUUCUGGUUCUAGCUCUACUGGUGCAACAGGUCCUGCAACUCCUGUUAAAGGCUCAGCAGAUGCUUCUAAAGGAUUUCCUCUUCAAUUCGGAUCUCUCAGUCCUGGUGUCAUGAAUGGAAUGCAGGUACCUGCCCGAACAAACUCUGCCCCACCAAAUCUGGAUGAGCAAAAACGGGUCCAGGCUCGUCUUGAAUCCUUAAAAGCUACUUCAAAUCAAAAUCCACCUGUUCCAAAACCAAGGAAAGAUGGUGGGAGUGUUGACCAGUCUAAUGUGAGUGAAACCCAUCAUACCUCAAAAGAAAAAAGGGAUGUGCUUUCUUCUUCUUCUUCUUCUUCUACUACUACUACUACUACUCCAAUCAAGCCUUCUGGUCCUCCUAUGCCUUCUAUCCCUAGUGUUCCAAUGCAGAUACCUUUUCACCAAUCCCAAAACUAUCUCCAAUUUGGUGGACCAAAUCCACCAUUGCAAUCACAACCCAUGGUGAACACAUCAAUGCCUGUUCCACUCCCCAUGCAUUUACCAGUUGGCAACCCCCCAUUUGUCCCUGGCAUUCAGCAUCAUCCAAUGUCAUCUCAGGGGAUCAUUCAUCAAAAUCAAGGUCUGAAUUUCACCUCUCAGAUGACUCAUCAGAUUGGAAACAUGGGAAUGGGUAUAGGACCACAGUUAGGGCCACAAUACCAACAACAGCAGAUGGGAAAUUUUGGUGGGACCCGAAGAACUGUGAAGAUCACUCACCCAGACACCCAUGAGGAGCUCAGACUCGAUAAAAGAACCGAUGUGUAUCCAAAUGGUGCACCCUCUGGUCCAAGGUCACACCCUCAUGGCCCACCAUCAUUCCCCACUCCACACCCACAUCCACACCCAAUGAAUUAUUAUCCAAAUUCUUACAAUGCAAGUCCUAUGUUUUACCCUCCACCUGGUUCUAGCAACCCUUUAACUAGUGCACAGAUCACUCCUGCUUCUCAGCCACCCAGGUUUUACAAUCAGCAGCCUUCUAAACAGGUGACAGUUAAACCUGCAGUGACUGCAAGUGCACAUGGGGAAAAGGCUGGUGACUCACUACCCAUUGACAAAACUGAGAUUCCUAAAAUUCAAAAGCCAGGUGGAGAAAGUCAGUCCACUCUUCCUCUUAAAGAAUCUGAGGUGGUCGCCGGAAUCUCUUUACCGGAGCCUGCCGCUAGCAAGCCGUCUGCUUCUUCUGUUGCCACUGAGGAUGCCAUGUCACCUAAGCAUCCUACUGGCAAAAAGGUUCAAGAAGCCCUUCAUGGUGAUGAUGGUGUUCAAGAACCGACUUUAUCCUUGGAAACCAACAAGGAUGUGGUACAAGUUAGCAAGAAAGUUGAUGGUGAUGAAAAAGGUCUUAUAUCUACUGAAGUUGUUGGUUCAGGGGCUGAUUCUGACAAGUCUCUUAAAGUUGAAGGGCCUGUAAGUGAAAUUGUUGGGUCAAAAGAAGAAUGCAAGGAUUCUGUUGACCAGAUUCAACCUAGCACUGUGGAGACUGUUUCCAUGGUGACUCCUCCUGAAGCACAAGAGAAAGAAUCUUUAAACAAUAUGGAUGUUAAAUCAUCUGUUUCAAUUCCCACUUCAGAGGUUAAUGUCCUUACUGCUGAAACUUCAUUGCUAAAUUUAGAGGAGGGCCCACAUGCUGUCCCAGAGACACCAGCUUUGACUUUAGAAGUAGAGGGUUCGGUUGAUAAAGCUGUUGUUGAAACAGGUAAGGUUAAGGGUAGUAGUAGUAGUACACCUAAAGGGAAGAAAAAGAUAAAAGAAAUCUUGAAAAAUGCUGAUGCACGAGGUUCAACUUCUGAUCUUUACAAUGCUUAUAAACGUCCAGAAGAAAAGAAAGAAACUUCAGCUUCUGAGAUGGUUGAAUCUUCUUCUGACAUUAUAACAAAGCAAGAACCCGUUGAUUUGACUAAAAAAGAUGUUAAAUUUGAGCCAGAUGAUUGGGAAGAUGCUGCAGACAUUUCUACCCCUAAACUGGAACAGGUAAAACAUAACAGUGAGGUUGACAAUGAAGGAAUGACUAAAAAGUAUUCCAGAGACUUCCUCCUGAAAUUCUCCGAACAGUGUACCGAUCUUCCGGAAGGUUUCGAGGUAACAACCGACAUAGCUGAAGUCUUGAUGGGCUCAAGUAUGGGCCCAAGCCCACAUCCAAGCCCAAGACCAGGGGCUGGCCCACGGCUGGACCGCCGGUCAAGUAAUGUAGGGGAAGACGACAAGUGGAAUAAAGGGUCCGGGUCCGGUCCCGGGCCCAUGGGUCCAGGGCGCGACAUGCGGGUCGGGAUCGACCCGGGAUAUAACGUAUCCGGUUUUCGUGGCAACCAUGGUGUGUUGCGGACCCCACGCCCGCAGCCACCUGGUUACACCACUGGUGGUGGCAUUCUCUCUGGCCCGAUUCAAUCCCCGGGCCCGCAGGGCUACCGUAAUAACUCUGAUUCCGACAGGUGGCAACGUGCGGGUGGCUAUCAGAAAGGGUUAAUUCCUUCCCCUACUCCAAUGCCUGUGAUGCAUAAAGCCGAAAGGAAGUAUGAAAUUGGAAAGAUUACAGAUGAAGAACAAGCCAAACAAAGACAGUUGAAAGGUAUUCUAAAUAAGUUGACACCUCAGAACUUUGAGAAACUAUUUGAACAAGUGAAACAAGUGAACAUAGACAAUGCGGGUACUUUGUCUGGUGUGAUUUCUCAGAUAUUUGAUAAGGCGUUGAUGGAACCAACUUUUGUUGAAAUGUAUGCCAAUUUUUGUUCCCGGUUGUCUGUGGAAUUGCCUGAUUUUAGUGAAGACAAUGAGAAGAUUACUUUUAAAAGAUUGCUAUUGAACAAAUGUCAAGAGGAAUUUGAAAGAGGUGAGAGAGAACAAGCAGAAGCUAAUAGAACCGAUGAUGAAGGUGAAGUUAAACAAACGGAAGAACAAAGGGAGGAGAAAAGAGUUCAGGCGAGAAGACGUAUGUUGGGUAAUAUCAGACUUAUUGGUGAAUUAUACAAAAAGAAAAUGUUGACAGAAAGAAUCAUGCACGAAUGCAUAAAGAAAUUAUUCGGUGAAGAUGAGGAGAACAUCGAGUCAUUAUGCAAACUGAUGAGCACAAUAGGGGAAAUGAUUGAUCACGCGAAAGCUAAAGAGCAUAUGGAUGUGUAUUUCGACAUGAUGUUAAAGCUAUCGAAUAACAUGAAACUUUCAUCGCGUGUACGCUUCAUGUUAAAAGACGUAAUCGACCUCCGAAAGAACAGAUGGCAACAAAGACGAAAAGUCGAAGGCCCGAAAAAGAUCGAGGAAGUACACCGCGAUGCAGCCCAAGAGCGCCAGGCCCAAAGUAACCGACUGGCCCGUGGGCCCAACCCGAACCCGUCUCUUAGGCGUGGUCAGGGUCAGCCCAUGGACUUUGGGCCAAAAGGGUUGAAUCUUUUACCAAAUCCUCAAACGGGUUACCGUGGGUCACCACAACAGACACGCGGGUAUGGUAAUCAAGAUUCGCGAUUUGAAGAAAGGUAUUCGUUUGAAAACAGGACUUUGUCGGUCCCGUUACGGCCCGUUGGAGAUGACAAUAUUACCCUUGGCCCGCAAGGCGGGCUUGCUAGAGGGAUGUCGGUUAGAGGACAACCGUCAAUGAGAGUAAUUGGUGGCCCGAAUCCGAAUGGGUACGGGUCUGGACCCGAAAGACCGGGUUACGGGCCACGAGAUGAUUUGGGCGGUCCAAGAUACUCCCCGCGACCUGCUUACGAACCGGAACAACAUCGGGUCCCGCCAUCUUCACCUCCGCCACGUGGGCGGGUGCCUACCCCACCGCAAAGUGGGUCUUCGGAUAAGGUUUUGUCUGAAGAUCGGUUACAUGACAUGUCUGUAGAGGCGAUUAAAGAGUUUUACAGUGCGAGAGAUGAGAAGGAAGUUGCUUUGUGUGUAAAAGACCUAAACGCCCCUGGUUUCUAUCCAUCGAUGAUAUCAAUUUGGGUGACGGAUUCGUUUGAAAGAAAAGACAUGGAUCGGGAAUCACUUGCUAAACUUCUAAUCAAUCUUACAAAAUCUCAAGAAAUUAUAAGUGAAGAGGCCCUCGUUAAAGGAUUUGAGUCUGUUCUGAUGACAUUAGAGGAUGCGGUGAAUGAUGCUCCAAAAGCAGGAGAGUUUCUUGGACGAAUGUUUGCAAGGGUAAUAUUGGAAAAUGUGAUACCGUAUAAAGAAGUAUGGCGUUUGAUAUACGAAGGUGGGGAGGAGCAGGGGCGAUUGGUGGAAAUUGGUCUUGCAGCUGAAGUUGUUGGAGUGAUUCUGGAGAUUGUUAAAUCGGAGAAAGGUGAUUCCUUUUUGAAUGAUUUGCGUGAAGCUUCUGAUCCAAAGCUAGAGAAAUUUCGGUUUCCUGGAAUUAAAAAAGCAUCGAGGUUAGAUAAGUUUAUUUAGAUCGAUGAUCAUAAGUAAGGAUGCUCGUUUUAUCUUUGUUAGAAAAAAAAAAAAAAAAAAAAAAGAAGAAGAAAUUCAAAUCUUUAAAUCUUUUAUGGGUUUGAUAGGGGGAUUGGUAUAUAUAUCUAUAUAUCUAUAUCUAUUUGUAG